AUGGUCAGGAUUAAUGGUGUAUAAGUGAGGGCAAGUUGUGAUUGAUCGACAGGAUUGGCCAAUAAAAGCCCAUCUUUUUGUUAUAAGUUUCGCGGCGGUUGCUUAUUUGGACUCCGACAGGGGUAGCUGGUAAAAAAGACCAGACAGCAAAACGAAUAUACACAUGCGUUAUGAUAAAAAGAGCACUGUUUCUGCUAUCAUAGCGCUGUAUACAUGUGCGCAUGGCAUAUUUUGUGCGUUGAUAAUGUCUCUAAUGCCGGUUUUUUUGUCCGGUAGUCCUUUCAGGAUCCCAGAUCUGGCGCCGCCCAGCGACCGGAGAUGGCGCCGUUCUCCGGUCAGGCCAUUCGGACUUGGCCUCGCGCCAUGAAGCAAUAUUGAAAAGUCAAUUGCAACGCCUCACCGAUUGAGUCACUCGGAGAACAGUUAUAAAGUGUAGAGAAGCCAUUGCCAGGUAUUGAUUUUGUAUAUAGAUGAAGGGGAGAAUGAAGAAAAUGAAGGAAGCAAUCCACUCAGCCACUUAUUCAAUCGCUUAACAACAUUUGGUACUCUUUUCACAAAGACAAUUACUUCUAGAUAUUUUAUAAACUUGAAAAUGGCCUCUCCUAUCGUUCUCGUUAUCGGCUGCGGUGUAGCUGGACCUGUGCUUGCGAUUCUUCUCAAGCGCAAGGGCUAUCGUCCGAUUGUGUUUGAAAAAGUCCGAGAGCUGGGCACUGCUGGAGCGUCGUUGAUGGUCAUGUCCAACGGACUCAAAGUCUUUAACAUGAUUGGGGUUGCAGACGCUAUCAAGGCCGAGUCCCUGCCACUCAAAGCUCUUUGGGAUGCUAAAGCUUCAGGGGAAGUGCUGGGGCAAUCCGAUUUACCGUCCACCUUUACCGAGAGAUACCAGCAGCCUGCCGCCGGCAUCAGACGAACAAGCUUAAAUCUCUUGCUGAAAAACAAGGUAUUGGAAGAGGGUAUCGAAGUCAGAGAAGGGUGGGGACUGGUUGCUAUUCAAGAGCACGACGACUCAGUGACGGCAACUUUCAGCAACGGCGAAUCAGUCACGGGGUCUUUUCUGAUUGGAUGUGAUGGCAUCAAAUCAGCAGCAAGAACAAUUCUUCUAAAGCAGCGGGGGGUUGAAGAAGGUGCCCCUUCGUUUACGGGUCUCACACAAACGGCCUUCCUUUCAGAAACACCGGGGCCUCUGCAAGACUUGGCGGCUAUGCGCAACUGGUACGGCGAUGGAACACACGUAAUCGCUUAUCCAGUCGGCCCAAAGACCACAUCAUGGGCUCUCACGCAGCGUGAAACCCAAGAGAGGGAAGAGACAUGGCGCCCCUUUACCGCUGACGAGAUGAAGACUCAGCAAGAUGCUCUCUGCAAACUGCUCGAGGGGUGGGAUGAGAGCAUCGUCCAAGGGGUGAAGUCUUCAGAACGCAUCAUCAAGUUUGGUCUCUUUGAUCGAGACGAGUUGAAGCCCGAGCAGUGGUAUUCUAAGCGAUGCGUGCUAGUCGGGGAUGCCGCCCAUCCUACCAGCCCUCAUCUCGGACAGGGAGCCAACCAGGCCAUGGAGGAUUGCUACCACUUGAGUUGCGCACUGCCAAAUCUCUCUUCCAGGCAGGAUUUCGAGAGCAACAUUGCAGCUCUCGGCGCCAUCUCGGACAUCUUCCGGCCUUUUGCAGAAAGCCGCCAGCCGCGAACGUCGGUUCUCGUCAAGGGAGCUCGCGCUCUCGGGGAGAAGCGAGUGGCUGUCGGUGCCGAGCGAGGCAAGGAGCGAGACGAAGCUGUUGCGCAAUCCUACCGGGGAGGUGCUGCAGCUAUAGUUGAAAAGUUUGAGGGGCUGCUGAGCCAGCCGUUCAACUAG